GUUUACGGGAUCAUUCCAUCAAACACGUCGUUGCCUCCCAUCAGUACGGCAAGUACCAUCUUCGUUAUACCGCUCUAAAUGAAGAACGGGAGCAGAACUCUCCCAGUGGAUGAUGUCAAACACCUUGCCAUGUUGGAGACAUUGGAAACAAAGGAGCUAGUACUGUUCUUGGGCAGAGCACAUUAAUCUUCUCAUCCACCAGUAGUUGCAUGUAUGACAUGACCAUUAUCACCAGGACUGCAGCUGGAUACUCGCACGAAGGUUUAUACAAUGCAGGGGCUGAAACCCAGUACAGGGUUAUAUAUAAAUGGGUUUUGUUACUCUGUCUGCGCCUAGCAAAGAUACCAUUGCUUGCCCUUUCUUAACAAAAUCCAGUCAAAACUUGGAUUCUUGUCAUGAAGAAGACAAGGAAAAAGAAAGCAGAGAAAAAAAGGAAAGAAAAAGAAAUGCUGGCGUAUGUUGGUAGUUCUGAUAAUAAGCGGGGGAAUCUUGGCCAGGCGCAUGGCGAUAAAUAGAUCUGUCAAUAAGGUAGGAAUUGUCCUCCAUGCUUAAUAGCUUUAUCUUCACAGGCUUAAAUAACUUACCUCGAGUCUUGAACCAACAAUUUUCUACGGAGCACUCGAAAAGCCAUGCAUCCAGGCUUUCGUUGACAAGUGGGAUAUUCCAAGGUUCAACACCAAAUCUUAGCAGCGCUAUUGAACCAAGGAGGACACAAGCAACCCGCGUUCAUUCAGCCAAUUGUAAACUCGUUGACACGAUCUCGACAGUCGGGCCAAUAAAGAACAAUUAAUCAUACGAGCGCGAGAAAAUGGACUGGCCUGCGCCACCUCAAGAAUUCAGAAGCCAAACACAAAUAACCCGCCGUAGGUGACUGGACAAUAGGUUUCACGCCAAUUUAUCCUUUCCUACUAUGUAUGGGGUGCUGAUGCAUGCAUCCGAAUAUAAAAUGAGACUCCAACAUCUUCCAGCUGAGAUAUUGAUCCUUGUCGCGGAGUAUUUCUUCGAUCACGCAGGUUCCUAUGUGGUGUCAGACCUGAAAUCUUUCCGACUCGUCUCCAAACGCAUUGCUGAGAUUACAACUGCAGCCCUCAAUCGACAUACACAGGUUGUAAUCUCAGCGUUGUCCCUGCGGACGCUGACCAAACUAGAAGAAAUCCUGAAACAUGAACAUUUUGCGACGACGGUCCGCAGACUCAAGUUCUCCGUGGCGUAUUAUGAUGCCCUCCUCGCGCGGGAUUUUUCCUUAUUCGCCAGAUACAUGGUUGACCGAGAAUUUCAACUGCGCAGGCAACUCUGCAGCGAGAUUAGACAGUGUACCAACAGCCAAUUUUCUCUUGCCUCGAAGGAGUGGCGUGCCAUGGGCUUUGGCUUCUAUGACCAGGACAAUCCCACUCAUUAUCAAAGUCUCCUCAAAAGAGGGUACAGCAAUUAUUGCCUUCUUUUCAAAGAUCAGGAAACCGCUCGGCAUGAUGGUUCAUACAUGGCCCGACUAUCUUCCCUACUGAGAAGGUUUUUAGCUUUGGAGCAUAUCGUCAUCACGGACAAGGACGAUAACGCGUUGGGCCUUAGCCCUGACAUAGCUAAGGACCCCUCAGUAACCAUCCGUGCUGGUGAAUGCGAGCGCACAUUACCCCAAGAGUGGUGUGAUAGGUUACUGAUAAAGUUCUGUUCCCGGCCGUCGCACUGGCAAUCAUGUUUUUCAUGUGUCGAGCUCCGCGCCAAAAGAAUUCGUCAUUUCACGCGACAUCCACCUCCAGUAGGACUGCUACCUUCCAUCUUCGCAGUUCUUGAGCAUGCAAACAUCUUUCCGAAACAAUGUCGCCUGGAGGUGUCCACACCUGUCAAUUUCAAAACCCUUGAGAUGUCCUCUGAUCAGCUGCUCUGCGUCAGUCGCGUUGUAGGCAAGGCAACAGAUUUAUCUUUGGGGUUUUACAGCAUAGAUCGACAUUUCGGGCCUGCCGACUCAUGCCGGGAUGGCGACAAUAUUGGGAAACAACAUGUCUACAAUCUCACCAGUGCCUUUCUCAAUACGGAUUCCGUCCAGUCAGUCAAGAUAGACACGUCGCUUUACUGGUUCGCAGCGCGUGAACAGUGGGGGGAUGUGAAGCUGGCAGACAUCCUCCCAUACCGUGAACGGCGCUGGCCGAAUCUCAAUGCCAUAUCUUUGACGGUCGAAUUCUCGGAACGGGACCUUAUACAGCUCGUGGAAGAACAUAAACGAUCGCUCAAGGUUAUUCAUGCUCAUUGCAUGUGUCUUCCUUCGGCAACGAAAGAAAACCUGGUAGAAUACAUGAAAUAUACAAUCGGGCCUCGCGUUGAAGAAAUCCUGAUUUGUGAGCCCGCUAGAGUGGAAUUUCGUCGCUUUUCUGAAUAUAGAAUUCGCUAUUCGCCGCGGGGUCAUCGACAUGUUUUUUCCGUUUGAUUUACUCACUACUACCUCUCCCCCUCCCCCCCUAUAAAAAAAGGGGUGGCCGCCUGUUGUUUUCUUCUGAUUAUAUAUGGGAGGUACGGAAGCAGAGGGAUAUCUACAGUUUUAUUUUAAAUUCCCUUUGGCCGCCAUAACGGCCAUGAAAUUAUAGUUUCAAUUGGGAUUAAUCUUAGCGGGAUAUUAAAGGAAGAAGAGGAUGAAUAAUCUAAUAUCAGAUAAGCUUGGUCUAAAGAGCUAAUAUUUCGUGAGCAGUAAAUAUUGUCCAGCCAUAAGCCUACAGAUGAUUUCAGCGAAGAAUGCACGGGGCUGUUUUUCGUUGAAUGUUAUAUAUGUCCUUACCAUACGUGCAAUCGGGUCGUGUAUGUAGUAGGGGUUGCUGAGUCACUCUUAGGGUAGUGGGCUUCGGGGGUGCUCAGGUUUUGAACGUUAUCAAAAUAGUUAAUGGUUUACAAAUUAUGACAAUCACAUAUCGAGAUAGCUAGUGCGUAAAUUUAUGAUCGUAGAUACCUUAGAGAGGCUAAUGUUCGCUGAAUUGAGCUUUGUA